AUGCCCCGUGGACAGUUGAUACUAAUUGAAGGAUUAGAUCGUUCAGGAAAAUCUACUCAAGCUUCAAUACUAGCUUCCAAAUUGGCCCAAUCUAAACUUGUAAAGUUCCCCGAAAGAUCAACACCAAUAGGAAAAUUAAUUAAUCAAUAUUUAACAGACAAACAAUUCAACUUAAAUGACCAAUCAGCACACUUAUUGUUUCUGGCUAAUCGAUGGGAAUUGAAUCAAGAAAUUAUCGAUUUAUUAAACGAUGGGUAUUUUGUCGUAUUGGACAGAUACAUAUAUUCUGGCAUUGCUUACACAUUGGCUAAACAUAAACUUACAGCUGAUGGUGAUAGUAAAACAACAACUAUAUCUCAAGGAGGCAAUACAGCAAACUUGUCCAACGUCGAUUGGUUAUUGGCUUCCGAUAAGGGGUUACCUAAACCCGAUUUAACCAUGUUCCUCACUUUAGGCAUCGAUGAAAUUAGUUCACGCAAAGGUUGGGGUGAUGAACGAUACGAAUUGCAGGAAUUCCAAUUAAAAGUGAAACAAUGCUUUUUGGAGACACUUGACGAUGCAAAUGAUCCUACUGUUGAGAUUGUUGAUGUUGGUGGUAAAUCAAUUGAGCAAGUGACUGAUUCGCUUUGGAAGAUUAUUGAGGCAAGGCAAGUAAAUCUAUUAACUGAUAAACCUAUAGAUCACGUAUAG